UGCCCUGGAGCCAGAGCGCAGGAAUUCACUCUCACAGAGACUUGCGCGCACACAGUUCACACACACAGACGGCACAUGGACAGAUACACACUCUGGCAGCACUUCAGAGCGAUAACUGCACAGAGUGUUUAAACAGAGUGUCGCGCUCACCUUUUUGACAGCUGCCACAUCCAUUCUGACCUUUUUUAAUAACAUUUUCUUCAUGUUUUAAGAAAAGUGACGGUCUUUCUCCUCGUUGUCCUCGGGGCAGGAAGACACUUGUCUUUAGUUGUUGAGGUAACAGCAUUGGGAGCUUUUAGGACUAGUUGCUCUUUGUAGCGUCAGCAUCCUCGCCGUGGUAAAGCUGUCUGCGGGGGCUCGCCGUCAGCAUGCAGGUGUCUUUUGUGUGCACGGACCACCGAGCUGUCAGCCGCAGCACAGAGGACCGACUGAACAGACAGAACACCAACAGCCCGAGUUUGGGGACAAAAAGCAAGUUUCGCACUGUGGCGAUGGUGGCCCGCAGCCUGGGCCAGCUGUCUGUGCAGAGCAUGCCUUCCUCGGGUGACCACUGCUUGAGAACUGGCAUGAAAUAUAGGAACCUUGGGAAAUCUGGCUUACGGGUAUCAUGUCUAGGGCUGGGCACAUGGGUGACGUUUGGUGGUCAAAUAACAGAUGAGGUAGCUGAGCAGCUGUUGACGCUGGCGUAUGAGAACGGUAUCAAUCUGUUUGACACAGCCGAGGUGUAUGCAGCAGGGAAGGCUGAAAUGGUUCUCGGCAGUAUCAUCAAGAAGAAAGGAUGGAGACGUUCCAGUUUGGUCAUCACCACCAAGAUAUACUGGGGUGGAAAAGCAGAAACUGAGAGAGGCUUGUCCAGAAAGCACAUAAUAGAAGGUCUAAGGGCAUCGCUGGAGAGACUUCAGUUAGAGUAUGUGGACGUGGUGUUUGCUAACAGACCUGACCCCAACACGCCAAUGGAAGGAGAUCCAUUUAACACUUCAAAAUCAAGAACAUUCAUCAUAGAAGAGACGGUGCGAGCGAUGACCCAUGUGAUUAACCAGGGAAUGGCCAUGUAUUGGGGCACGUCCCGCUGGAGCUCCAUGGAGAUUAUGGAGGCCUACUCUGUGGCGCGACAGUUUAACUUGAUCCCACCUGUCUGUGAGCAGGCCGAAUAUCACAUGUUUCAGAGAGAAAAAGUGGAAGUACAGUUGCCUGAACUCUUCCAUAAGAUAGGUGUGGGAGCCAUGACGUGGUCUCCGCUGGCCUGUGGAAUCAUCUCAGGGAAGUAUGACAGCGGUGUGCCUCCUUAUUCCAGAGCCUCUCUCAAGGGCUACCAGUGGUUGAAGGACAAGAUCCUGAGUGAGGAAGGCCGCCGUCAGCAGGCGAAGCUGAAAGAGUUGCAGGCCAUUGCGGAGCGGCUGGGCUGCACGCUGCCCCAGCUGGCCAUCGCGUGGUGUCUGAGGAAUGAGGGGGUGAGCUGUGUGCUGCUGGGGGCCUCCAGCACUGAGCAGCUGAUGGAGAACAUAGGAGCCAUUCAGGUUCUUCCAAAAUUAUCAUCAUCAAUUAUACAUGAAGUGGACAGUAUCCUGGGCAACAAGCCCUACAGUAAAAAGGACUACCGGUCUUAAAAGGAAAGCCAGUGACGCUGUGUCGACCUGCUUCUUUCUCUGAACUCUGACUGAAAAAAACAUUGGCACAUGGGACCAGCACUGUCACAGGUCCUGCAGGAGACGCCAACUCGCACACUACAGUCCAUGGAGUCUGCCGACAUUAGCCUGAUAAUAGGCCAAGAUCCGCACGGGCAGAAGGGAAGCAUGCUCACGUACAAAUCAGCUAGGCUGGCUCAAUAAGCAGAAGGCCACUCCAGGAAACCACUGAAAUCAAGCGCACGGGCUCGCUUCCUCCUCCCCUUUGAAGUAGUACAGUAUUAGAGAUCCACAAUUUGUACUUAGUCUAGAAAUGCAUGAGAUCCACUAGCAUUGGCACGUGCUUUUUCCCCUACAUUUUGGAAAACAAAUACAUUUGCAUAUGCUCACAGGAAGUAAUGAAUGCAGAAAAGUAUUCAUUUAGUUUCAUGACUGUAUAAACUAAAUAAGGCAUUGGAUGUUACUCAUCUCUAGUUUCAUAUCGAAAUUGUUAGCCAAUAUAGUGCUUGUUUACUAUACCUCAUUCAUACAAGCUAUAUCAUUUCUGGCUGUGUUUUAGUUUUACACAUAGAAGGGGAAGCUAUUGUAGAGUUACACAUGAUACAAAGCUUGGGUUGUGAGACCUUCAAAAAUAUAGACAUUAAAUACAGGCCUCAACAAAUGUGCAAUAUUUGAAAGUGUUUGUAAACCCAACGUUCUUUUUACAUGUAAGAAGUAAAUGACCUAGAACAGACGGUGGUCAAGUGGUGGUCUGUGUGCUCAUUUGUCAUCGCUUCGUCGAGCUGAAACCAAAGAAAUUUAGCUCCAUCCAAACCACGUGUAUAAGGUCGUUUGAUCACGUGACUUCUUGUUUAAAAUGCUUUUUGGUACUCAUCGUAUGUGCUCAGUGUUUUAUGCCUUAAUGUUGUGUAUUUUAAGUCGAUUUGGAUGUGUGUGGAAAUCUGUUACUAUUUAUAUAUUUUAAUGCUUGUUACCAAAAUCAUUUUGAGCGGACUGGAUUUUAUUUUUCAGUCUGCCAGUGUUUAAACAAGACAAGGCUAAACGAUUUUUUAAGGCAUCAAUAAUUUAAGAUUUUAUUAUUUGUUGUUAUUUAUCAGUUUUACCUUAUGUUUAAUGUUUGUUGUCCUCCUGUAUAUGUCGUUGUGCGAGUCUCAAGUUUUAUUUUUAUUUAUUUAUUUAUUUUAUUUUUGUCCAAUGGCGCCCUCUACGGGCUGGAAAUACAUCACUACACGUGUACUCCGUUAGAAAAAAAAUAAUUAAGUAACUAUUGCUUUUGAUAGUUAUUAAUAGUUUGCAAGGCAGUGGAUCUUUUCUACUUAGUAUAAAAUAUUUGCAUGUGUUUUCCAUAAAACAUUAUUCCAGAUGUAUCUACAAAACUGGUAAAUGAAAUCUUAGACCUUUCUGAACUAAAGCCAAUUAUUAGGAGUGUUAAUUUGCUGUCUGAGAGUUACUAGACUGCCUUAUUGAGAAAUAAGGAAAUCUUAGAUUGCCAAUAGGAUAAUUUAGGCUAUGCAUUAUGGCAUUUUAAAACAGUCAGUAGUGAAUGGUAAGCAUAAGCUGGUAGUUGUAACAAAGGUUUAAUGGAGUAAUUUAUAUGUCAUCAUAAUUAUUCACUUUAAAAUAAUACCAAAAUAAAUUCAUAACAUAUCAAGGCAGUGAAAAAUAUUCUCACACUCUAAUAUGAAUGGAUGUUUUACUGAAUUUAAUCUUCAAGAAGUUGCAUUACAGCUGUCUGCAUGUACAUAUUAAUACAUUUUAAUAAUGGCCUAUUUUAGUGUAGAACAAUGCUUACUCUUGUUUGGGUAUGAAAGUGUUGACCUAUAGUUGGAAUGUAAUGCAGUUUAUAAGGGUUUUGAUUGUCAUCUGAGCUACAUUGAGUCUUAAGAGAUGAAAUACAAACAUACUGUUUAAACGAAAAAAAGGGGAGAGAUUAUUAAUAAUAUCUGUAAGGCUUUUUGAAGUAACACUUUAACCAAAGACCAUAGGCUUUGAUAGAAGUGGAAGACGUUGCUUUUAACUGAGGGUCAUUGUAAAGUUCCUUAUGUUUGUCAUUAGUAUGUUGUUAGACUGCAUCUAUCAUAUAAGACAUUAGUGGUUUAAUAUGUUGUCAGUAAUUAGAUUGUCAAAUUGAGACAGUUUUAUCAGUUUAGUCAUGUGGAGGAGAAAUAUCAUUGAAUGAGAAAUUGUUGGUGUACAGUUGUUAUUUUUCUGCAAGGAUAAAGUUGUUGUCGAAUGAGCCCAAGUUGAGUACUUUGCUGUAAAAUUAUUCCAAUAUUGUCUAUUGUCCAUAUUAACUAUGUACAGGAAAUCUGAUGUUUUGAAGCUGAUUUGAUUGAUAAGAAUAGAUAGGUUUUUUUGGUAUGACCUAUGAUUAUGACAUUUGUUAACUGUAAUAUGACCAUUACUGUUACAGAUAUGCAUUAAGUUAUGCUGAUUUCUGUAGAUACAUAAUUGAAUGGUUUGAUAACAUGUAGAUAAUCUAAAUAUAUACAUACUAUACUGGUCUUAAUGACCAUUAUCACAUUUGCCUUCAUUUAUUUUUCCAUUGGCAAUUAUUGCUUAUGUCAUUGUGCUUGAAGAAAAAAAAAGAUGUACAGCUUCAGACAACUGAAAAUAAAUUAUUCUAAAAUUC